AAUACCAUUACGAAUACACAGCAUGUGACAGCCUGGGCUCCAGAUGGAGAGUUGCUGUGCCCCACACACCAGGACUCUGCACUGGCCUGCCAGACCCCAUCAAAGGCACAGAAUGCUCAUUUUCCUGCAAAGCAGGUGAAUUCUUGAAUAUGAAAGAUCAGUCAUGCAAGCCAUGUGCAGAGGGCACGUAUUCUCUGGGGACUGGUGUCAGGUUCGAUGAAUGGGAUGACUUGCCCCAUGGAUUUGCCAGCAUAGCAACCAAUCUUGAAAUUGAUUACAGCUUCACAGAGUCCUUGGGAAACUGCACCACGUCAACAUGGAUUCCUAAGGGAGAUUAUAUUGCCUCCAACACAGAUGAGUGCACAGCAACUCUGAUGUAUGCUGUUAAUCUCAAGCAAUCUGGCACCGUCUCCUUUGACUACAUCUACCCAGACAGCAACAUCGUCUUUGAAUUCUUUGUAUGUUUCUAACAGUUCAA